ACAACAGUAAUCUGAGAUGGUGUGUGAUAUAAAGACAAUAUGGGAGUCUCGGGACUCAGCGUGUUCAACAUCUCUUCGUUUGUCUGCCUUGUGUCCUUGGUCGCCCUAGAGAGAGGUUGUGCUCUGGAGCUCAACAAGAAUGAUGAACCAUCGUCAACUGUCCAGCUCAGAGUCAAGCGACAGGAGCCUGAUAUGGAACAAAAUGACGAACCAGAGGACUAUGUGGCGGACUACGCAGGCAACGAGAACAACGAUGCUCCCAAGAACACGUUUACAGACGACACCGACACGUUCGGAGGUACACAAAACAAUGACAACGGCAUCAACGAGGACAGGUUUGGAGACACUUUUGACAAUCAGCCUGCUCCAGAGAGAGAGGCCAACACUGAUUCUUUGGAGAGCGAGGAACGUAAACCCAAAAAGAAGAAGGAGAAAAAGCAACACCCAUAUCUGAAGAAGACCUUUGCCUUUUUUAAACGAGUUCUUGACCCUGAUAAGUUGAUGCAAAAUGCCUUUAUCAUGGAGAUGAUGAGAAGAUUCAGUGACAAAGAAGAACCAGAAUAUGAGGAAAAGGAGUCAUCUGAAGAAGAGGUAACAGUACACACACCCAAACCUACAAAGAGGAGAAGAGGACGACCAAGGAAGAAGGACAAGAUUCCUCCAGGAAUUACAGGAAUAAUUAAAAAAGGAAUGAUGACCUUAUCACAGAUAGAACUUGACAAGAGGAAGCUCAGAAGAAGAGUAAAGAUGAUCAAGAGGAUGGCAAGGAAAGCAAAGAAGCCUUUAAAAACCGCUGUGAAGAUAUUUUUGAGCUCGAGAAACCAAGGAGGUUAUGGAGGUGGUGGUUAUGGAAACACGAACUAUUGAGUGUAGAUUGAGGAAUUAGUGAUCACCAUUUCUGUUAGGUAUUUUUGAUCUAGAAGCUAAGGUCUCUGACAAAAGUGAACUUUAGGAAGUCUUGUUGCUAAAUUGUUAUGAGGCCAAAAGUUCAAGAAUCAAAAGUAAAUUAUUUUGCAAACAUUCUAGUAUUGCAACAUUCUCUUCUGUAUUACAUUCUAAAUAGGUAUGCAUAUAUCUUUUCAAGUACAAAAGUUCGAAUCGAAUACAAAAUGUAUUUGGUAGAAAAUUUAAAGUUUACAAUCAAAUUCUAAACAAAGUGUUAAAAGCUGUAACAACACUAUAAAAUAUUAAAAGCUAGAUAGAAAAUUUAAGAAUUAAUUUCUAGUAGUUAAUAAACAUUUUUUAAAUUCUGUACACUUAUCAAGUUGUAAAUAGAGGAAUAUAGGACAAAUCUGUUGGUAAAUAUUUGAUAAAGAUCAAUAUUUCCUUGUUACCAUUGAACUGUUUACAGUAUAUGAAAACAGAUCUAGCAAAACAGAUUAAAUAUCUUGUCUUUUAGGAAAUCAUAAUUUUGCUGCCUAUAAUCAUCAAACAGAGGUAUAAUUUAACUGAUCCUCAACAUAUCAAGUUGAUUCAAAACUUGUGGUGGAAGAAGAUUGAAUACAUGUUACGUGUGUUGAAUUAAACAGAAUAUGUGCUCCUCUUUCUACAGCUAUGGUUGACAAAGAACUGUUUUUUUAUUUCAUGUAUCCAGCAGAUUGUAUUUUUCAAUUUCAAUACCUUAAUUUAUUGUCAUAAUACUUUACAUUAUUCAAGAUGUUGGUUUCAUUUUUUGUUAUGACACAGAUAUAAAAAUUACUGUAUUAGUUACUGAAAAUAAGUAAUAAAAUCAAGAUUAAAAAUAAUGGUUUUAGGUGAGCAUACAAGUUGUAUACAAAGUAAUGAAACAAGAAAAAUAAUUGUAUUGUAACACUUUUUGAUAAUUAGAACCAAAGGUUUAAAAUUAAUAAAACAACAAUACAUAAUUUUAAUAAGGACUAAAUAUUCCUUUGUGUACUGUAAUUUAAAAACCUUACAUAUUGUUCAAUAAUUUUAAACAGUAAAUUAAAAAUUGCUUAAAAUUUUUUCAGUUGUACAAGUAUAAUACUUUCUAAAAAUAAGUUUAAUUAAUAUUAUACAUCUUUACAAAGUAAUUAAAACUGUACAUUUAGAGUCAUAAUAUUAGUGAGAUUUCAUUUUCAAAUAAUACAAAAAAUGAGUUUGUGGUAGUCUUUCUUUUAUUAGUCUACCUUUCUUUUAUUAGUCUUUCUAGAAAACAGUUUAUAGAAAAUUUGUUCAGAUAAAUAUAUUAACAAUUGAAUUGUUAGUGUAAUGCAUAUUUGUACUAUGAUUUACUUUAUGGCUAGUAUUUGAAAUAUACUAUUUAUUACAACGUUGUCAUAGUUCUGUAUACUAUAAGAAUUAAAGAUGUGAUUAAAAUAUUAUAAAUAUUUGUA